UGCAAUCGCACGCAGUGCCAGAGAGUGAGUGAGUGAGAGAGAGACAGGCACAGGCAAGAUGAAGCGAACAGCUCAGCCCUCAUGGAAACUAUUUUAGACCGUUUCUGUCCCCCUCCAAUGGAAUAUAUCUAACUUUUAUGGGAAGCCAGAAAGAGGAACACUCAUGGAGAUCAUGGAUAGUGCAAAUGCGUCUGAGGCGCCUGACUUGUGCGAGCUGUUGAACACCACUAAGACGGGGUACAGCGAGGCGCAGAUGGUGCUGCUGGGCAUGGCCAUGUCCCUCCUGGUCCUGGGCAUCGUGUUCGGCAACGUGCUGGUGAUCACGGCCAUCGUCCGGUUCCAGCGGCUGCAGACGGUCACCAACUGCUUCAUCACGUCGCUGGCCUGCGCCGACCUGGUGAUGGGGGUGGUGGUGGUGCCCUUUGGGGCCUGCCACAUCCUGCUCAAGACCUGGCACUUUGGCAGCUUCUGGUGCGAGUUCUGGACGGCGACCGACGUGCUGUGCGUGACGGCCAGCAUCGAGACGCUGUGCGUGAUCGCGCUGGACCGCUACCUGGCCAUCACCUCGCCCUUCCGCUACCAGUCGCUGCUGACCAAGAGCCGAGCCUGCAUGGUGGUGCUGGCGGUGUGGGCGGUGGCGGGCCUCAUCUCCUUCCUGCCUAUCCACAUGGAGUGGUGGACCUCCAACGAGCCCGAAGCCAAAUCCUGCUUCGAGAACCCCAACUGCUGCGAGUUCCACACCAACCCCGCCUACGCCAUCACCUCCUCCAUCAUCUCCUUCUACAUCCCACUGGUGGUCAUGGUCUUCGUCUACAGCCGCGUCUUCCAGGAGGCCCGGGAGCAGCUGAAGAAGAUCGACCGCUGCGAGGGCCGCUUCCACGCCCAGAGCAGUGGCCAGCUGGCGGCGGACAGCCACGAGGGCGAGGCCCGGAACGGCAAACGGAUCAAGUUCUGCUUGAAGGAGCACAAGGCCCUGAAGACCCUGGGCAUCAUCAUGGGUAUCUUCACCCUCUGCUGGCUGCCCUUCUUCGUGCUCAACGUGGUGAUCAACAUCUGGAAGGUGGACAAUGUGGAGCUCACCUUCCGGAUACUCAACUGGAUAGGCUACGCCAACUCGGCGUUCAACCCCUUGAUCUACUGCCGGAGCCCCGAGUUCAGGUACGCCUUUCAGGAGAUUUUGUGUCUGAGGCGGCAGCACUUCCCAAAGUCUGGCACCACCAACGGAUUCAUAUACAGUGGGCAAAGCUGGCACAGAGACCUCAAGGCCAGGGGCAAGUGCGAAUCAGAGAUCAGUCGCCCCACAGAGGGCACCCUGGAGGUAGAAGAGGGCACCUUGCCCAUUGACAAAACAAACUCAUACAGGAGCUGCAACAAAGCUCUGGCAACUGUCAUUUAACUUCAAAGUCUUUUCACAACAACAACAACACCGCCAACAACAAAUCUUUCAUGGCUGUGAUUUCACUUUACCAUGGACAAAAGAAUAGAAUCAUGAACGAUUUCUGGUAAGACAAAGAGAUGAAGGCGGGGUGUGGGAGUUCGGGAAUCUGUGGUUUGGAAAAGGCGGUUUGUUGUAGAAACGCAUUGGUUUUGCAUUAGAUAUAUUCAAGCAGCACUGCCUGUCAUUAUGACAGACAGUCUAAAUGUUAUUGUCUGUGAACGAGUGCAUGUGUGUCAGUGGGUGAGUGAGUGUGUGUUUGUGUGUGUGUGCGCGCGUUAAAAAUGGUAUCAGUUUCAGAAUCCAAUUGAAUUGGAAUGUGAAUGUUGCAAGUUUCGAUGUUUCAUCUACCUCAUCACAUUUUUUGUGAGUUAUUUUUAUUGUCUUAUCAACAAUCUAUACACGUGUUAAAACAAUUUUCCAAUUGCUUGUAAGGCUUAUUAUUUCAAAUACUUUUUUGCACAUUGUUGGUCAAAAACAGUUAACAGCUGUUAACUUUAAAACAGACAUGUCUAUAAAAAGAUCUUAUAUGUAUAAAGACCUUUGACUUAAAUGUUGCUCCAUUAAUUAAUCGGUAAAGAGAAAUCAGGGGACAAACCACUGAAAGAUUGUCAAGUUCUGUUAUUAAGACACGCAGUGAUACACGGUCCCUCGCCACCUUCGCCUCUCAUCUGGAUUCCAGCUCCUAAAACCAGUGAUUGCAGAUUGAUUCUGUGCACCGUGCUGGGAACAGAGUAACCCAACACUCUGAUGAGGCGUAGCAGGUGCAAACCGUCGCCCUGUGCGCCCUAUUGCCAGCCGCGCGCGUCAGAAAAAAACAGUUGAGCAAUCUGCAGAAAGCGCCCCAACCCAUCCCCCCUCCCCUGAUUCUACUCAGUGAUUAAAGCUGCUUGCCUCAAGGCUCUGUUUAGUAUCUGAGACAUUCAUUUGCUGUGUAAUAUAGUUUAUAAAAUAAUGUAAUAUGGGGGUCAUCGUUUUCAUUGAUGGACUGUGGUGGUCACUGAGAAGUUAACAGUAGCCAAUAACCGAACAGUAAAUCUCUCUUGAUGUUGGUUGAAAUCGCUCUAGUCUUUCCUGGCGUUAACUGGAAAGUUUCUCUGAUCUCUGGACGAGCGUGACUGCGGUUAUCUUAAUGUCUUCGUGUUUUUCUUUUCUUUUCUUUUUUGCACUUUGCACAAUCGUGCUUUAAAGCAUACAUUUUGGUACUGUCCCGUGGCAGACUAGGUCUCUGGUUGUUGCAGAAUGGGGUUUAAUCUACCGUGUUUACUGAGAUCAGGAGGUUACCGAGUAUUGGCCGGGUGUUCCGAAGAGGCAAGCUGCAAAGCCAAGCAAGCUGCAUAUUAAAGUUGUCAUCUGAUACGAACCGUACGACGCUCUAAAACCACAGAAUGACGACAUAUCGGGUACCCAUGACGGUGAACAAUGCUACGCGCUCGUUCGUAAGGAAAUAUGACGAAAAAAAAAAACGACUUCGCAGAUUCGAACAAUGCAGCGGCGAGAACUGCUGCAAACCGUUUAGACGCAGACACUGAUAUUAACUGCUUAAUCACCUGGCCGUUGACCGUCUCCGGUUCCUUCAGUUAUAAAUAAUUGGUUUAUUUUUGUUCUUUCCUCUAAGGGCACCAUGAAAGUCCUUAUAAUUAUCUGAACUCACCUCUGCGCCUCGUCUCUGAAAUCGAGGUGUCUGGUUGAAUGAAUUUCUUUUAA